ACUACAGUUUCCUGUAAUCGUGAACUGUCAAUUUUGACCUGUCAAGAUUUGUUAUUAGUUUUCAAAUUUUGGUUAUUUGGGGGUCCCCGCGAUGGAUUUAAUCGACUCGGACGAGGAGCCACUAUUAGAAGUAACCCGAAUAACAGUUUUGACCGAUAAAAAACAGAUUCAAGCAAACGAGGUUAGGAAGAAACCAACAAGUUCCACAUACAAAAAAGUCUGUUAUGUCCCGUUAUGCCCCAACUCGUCGCACGCCACCCCUGAAAAGAUGUUCAUAACGAUCCCUGUGAACCCCACAAGACGGAAAAAAUGGCUCCAAGUCGUCGGUAAACCCAGCACGAAAAACCCCAAAUCCCCUAUGUUCUGCUGCGAGGACCAUUUUAACUUGAAGAAAGACAUGCGCAACUACGGCGAGCACGCGAAAAAGGGCCGAAUCCAGAUGCUGUUGCACCAAUCAGUGGUCCCCCAUACCUUCCUCUGUAACGACUACGGACACUUAAAGCGCGCGGAGCGGAUCCAAGUCUUGCGACAGUUGCACAAAGAACGCAACGCGAAACUCGAGGAAGAGACCGAGGAGGUGCAAAUAAGCAAACUAACAGCACGCCAAACUAUGUUGCAAGAAGCCAAAAAGAGGAAAACUGAGGUCAACAAAACCGUUUUUAUUGAAGUGCCAGGGUUCGAGUUUGAUGACCCCCCUGAUUAUUCCGUGGUUAAGGAAGAUGGCGUUGACACAAUUGUUAUCGACGACUCGGACUUGGAGGAGGACUAAAAAAGAGCUUGCUGGUAUUUAUUUAUUAGCACAAUUCAGAUUUUUAUAUUACCGAUAAUGUUUGCAAAUUAAUUAAGAGAUAAUUAUGACGCUGAAGAUUAAUCACUAGUGUGGACUUUGUAAAAAUAAAUCGUUUUAUUUUAA